AUGAAAAGUGUUACCAACAUGUCGAUGUUCCGAUCAGCAGCAGACAUAUCAUCCGACUCGGAUCCCGACUCCGACUCAGAAGAAACCCAAACUCAGGAAUCUGGGCCAUCGACUCCUCGAAAAGCUGCAGAUAAUGAAUCCCGCAGCCCGAGGAAGGACAAGACCAAGCAAGUUCCAAAAGACUCGGGUUCCACAGAUCCAGACUCUUCGAUCUCCUUCGACGAUAGAUCAGCAUUACCGCAGGAUCUAGUUGGUGUAAAUGUUGAUCAACAUGCAAACGUGAUGACAGCUGCUCUCUUGGAAUUUUAUUGUCAAAGUCGAGCAGCAGACAUUCUUAAUGCACAACGUGGCUCAAAGAAGAAAUCAUUCAGUCGACACAGCCCCGAGGCUCAGUAUCUUGGCAAGAAACUAUACAAAUUCAAAUCACAGUUUCUGUCAUCUCAUGGAAUCUUGGCCGAUGGUAUUGACAGAGAGGAAAUGGGGCCAAGUAGGCAGAGUUAUCGGGAUAACCUUGACUUGCUUGGUAUAUCUGCCCUCGAAGAGAUGAAUUUGCAAGAACCACAUGCGCGGUCUCCUGCAAUUGGCGCCGGUGAGGAUCUUGCAUUAAUAAAAAACACUGCGAUAAAGAAGCCCAGCGUUGAAGACGUGGAGACUCCUGCUCUGUUCCGGCGGAACACUGAACCAAAUUCAUCGUUCAGGAAACAGCUUCCUCCUACUAAUAACAUUGAUUUCCUUCCAGCCUUUCCCCGGGCUACAAUGAACAUCCCCAACCCCUCAAUUCCAUUAUUUGGUAGUUCACCUGUAGGGGUUCCGCUUUUCCAUUCUCCCACAACCCCAGCAUAUAAUCAGCUGUCAAGAUAUUCCGUUGAAUUUCAGGAGCUCAAGAUAUUGGGCCGCGGAUCCUUCGGCGAAGUAUACCAUGUCACCAACCACAUCGACGGGCAAGAUUACGCGGUCAAGAAAAUCCCACUCAGCCAAAGGCGACUUGAACAGCUGCAAUUCGGAGGCCAAAAUCAGCUUGAGGCUAUUAUGAAGGAAAUUCGAACACUUGCCCGCCUUGAACAUACGAAUAUUGUUCGGUACUACGGGGCAUGGGUUGAGCAGGCCCAUCACUCGCACCCGCCUUCGGCCGAAUACCAUCCUUCUCACACAGCAUGUGAUGAGUCGCAAAACAGCGCGUCUGCUCCGGGCACCCCGAACGAGUCAAGCAUGGGAAUAGUCUUUGGAUAUUCUGAAAAUUCAGAUCACGAGUCUCAGUCAAGCUCUCUGCCUGAAGAUCACGGUUUCACUGAGAGCAUCCAACGCUGGGGGAGCCACGCGACUAACUCGUCUCGUCGGUCAAAGAAAAGUUCCCAAAAGGGAUUGGACGAAGAAGAUGAUGACAUCGAAUCUAUUCCUCGUACCUUCGGCGAGAAUACUUCUGUUGACCAAACAUCCACUUUCGGAGAUACCGAUGACAUCUUUACUGAUGGUUUGAGCCAAGACCAGUCUAAACUUCAAGUUCAACCCCGUUCUCGGCCUGGCCAGCAACCCCCUGCGGUCAUUCUUCACAUCCAAAUGUCCCUCCAUCCUAUUUCGCUCGGCGCGUAUCUGAACCCCCAAGCCACUCCGAAGUAUGAUGGGUGUACACUCCCUAGACGCCAUUGCUUCCACCUCUUGCCCUCUCUAAAGCUUAUAACGGACAUUGUUUCGGGUGUUGAGUACCUCCACUCGAAGGGAAUCGUGCAUCGUGACUUGAAGCCUGCAAAUAUCUUCUUGUGUGCACCAGAAAACAGCACAGCAGACAUAUGCACUGCAUGCAGCUCUGGCGAAUCUUCCCCCGUGCACUUCUGUCGUCCUCGUAUCGGCGACUUUGGUCUUGUGGCAGACAUCUCCCACAUCAACGAUGCCUCACAGGGCACUAUGACACCAUUCCGAGAGGGACCAAAUAUACAGCGGGUAGUUGGGACCGAGUUCUAUCGUCCUCCAGCCAACCUAUCUGCGCCUCCAAGUGACCCGAGCUCACCAGUGGAUUACUUUGAGGAAUAUAAGGUUGACGAAAAGCUGGAUGUUUAUGCCCUUGGCGUCAUUCUCUUUGAGACUGUCUAUCGUUUAAACACAAAGAUGGAAAGACAAUUCGUGUUGAAUGACCUGACUCGCGGAUCAGGCCAGGAUCCGUCCGAGCGCACCAUUUUCCCUGCAGACUUCGCCGCCAAGGUCGAUUAUGGCUCAGUCGUGCUGGACAACGGAAUCUCAGUCGCAGAUUCGCUCAUGGCAUGUAUCAAAGCAAUGUUGGAACCCAAAUCGCAGCAGCGGUGGAACUGCCAGGAGGUCAAGGAGCAUUUGCGGGCGUUGAAGAAAGCCGUUCGACGAUACGAGGAAACACAGGGAAACAAGGACAAGGACCAAUGA